ACAGCGCUGUACGCCCACCAAGGCGGAAACUGUAGUCUGUACAACCAGCCGCGGCGUGGGACUCACGUUAAUUAGAGGUUUUCUCUCAAAGGAUCUGUGGCUGUAAGAGAUGAGAGCCUGGCAACUUUGGUUUCUGUGCUUCGUGGUGUUGAAUGCGGAUGCGCAAAAAGUGACUUCCCUGGAAGAAGAGCUCACUGAUUCUGCAUUUGGCAACUUCCUUGACCCUGUGAAGGAUUUGUUUGACGAGGAUGAACAUCACUCGGCUGUCGCAAAAUUCUCCCUGCGUAACCCAUCCCAUCCUGACGACGACCUCUGCUACAUUGUUCCCGGAAAACCAGAGACCCUGGCAGCCUGCGGCUUCAACAGCACAUCCAAAACCUUCCUGGUGAUCCACGGAUGGACGCUGAGCGGUAUGUUUGAAAGCUGGAUGCCGAAGUUGGUGUCUGCGCUGUACGAGAGGGAGCGGACGGCCAACGUUGUUGUGGUGGACUGGCUGAGCUUGGCUCAGAACCACUAUGUGGUCGCGGUUCAGAAAACCAAAGCAGUGGGAAGAGAAAUCGCACGCUUCAUUGACUGGAUCGAGGAUACCACAAACAUGCCUCUUGACAAGCUCCACCUGAUCGGCUACAGCCUUGGGGCUCAUGUGGCUGGAUUUGCCGGCAGCCAUGCCAGCAACAAAGUUGGACGGAUUACUGGCCUGGAUCCAGCUGGACCUGACUUUGAGGGCGAACACGCCCACCGGCGCCUCUCUCCAGAUGACGCCCAUUUCGUGGAUGUCCUCCACACCUUCACUCGGGGUUCGCUGGGUCUCAGCAUCGGGAUACAGCAACCCAUCGGCCAUGUGGACAUCUACCCCAACGGGGGCAGCUUCCAGCCGGGCUGCAACAUGAGGGGCGCCUUGGAGAAAAUCGCUAACUUUGGGAUAUUUGCCAUCAAUGAUGCGGUGAAGUGCGAACACGAGCGCUCCGUCCAUCUUUUCAUCGACUCCCUGCUAAACGAGCGGGAGCCUGCCAAGGCCUACCAGUGCGGCAGCAACGACAUGUUCGACCGCGGCAUGUGUCUGAGCUGUCGCAAGGGCCGCUGCAACACUGUCGGCUACAGCACAAGCCAGAUCCGCAGGCCACACAGCGUUCAGAUGUACACCAAGACACGAGCUUCCAUGCCUUUCAGAGUUUACCAUUACCAGCUGAAAAUCCACUUCUCCAGUAAGGUGAACAUGUCGGAGAUGGAGCCGUCUCUCACCGUCUCUCUGUACGGAACCAAAGGAGAGGCUGAAAACCUGGAGCUCAAGCUGAAGGAAAGACUUGAGACAAACAGGACACAUUCGUUUCUUCUGGUCACUGAGACGGAUAUCGGCGAACUGCUGAUGUUUAAGUGGAUGGAGACAAACAGGUGGUCGGUGUCCAACCUGCUGAAGAUGGUGUCCUCUUGGUGGUCUGGGAACGCCGAAGGUGUGGAGGUUCACAAAAUCCGUAUCAAAAGUGGCGAGACGCAACGAAAGAUGGUUUUCUGUUUGAAAGACCCCGAUGCCCACAGCUCACACUUGGUCACAUUUGUUAAAUGUAAAGAUGAGUGGAGAACGAAACGUAAACCAGUUUCAAAGAGAGUGACUCUGAAGAAUGACUGACAAUAAGGAAAAUAUGUUUAAAAUGUUAUCAAUAAGGACAUAAUUUAUACACUAUUUGUAUCUCUCAGACAUAAAAACAUCCUUGUACAUAUCUACAGAUGUCGACUAAUUUAUGUAAAUGCUGUAAAAUAUCUUGCAAAAAUUUUUUUUUAAAUGAAAUAAAGUAAGUUAUUUAAGGUACUCUUUCACCUUGAUGCACAGCAGUGGUAGAAUUUUAAUUAGAAACAUUUCUUUAUUGUUCAGGCCUGACUGAUACCUUUGUUUUAGAAAACAAUUGGGAAAGACUCGCAGUGGCUGAUAAAACCUAAUCAUUGUGUAUGUUUAUAUUUCCAAGCACUUAGAGGUUAUUUUUAUGGGUCGUAGAUGGAUGGAAAAACUUGGUUGUUUGGUGUAAAGAGGGUAAAGGUUGUAAGUUUUCAAAUGGAAAACUGACUGGAUUUACCAGGUUGGAUCUGCAGGUAGUAAUGUCAUAAAAUAUAUAGAUGCAGAAACCAUAAAAAACAGACUCCUGCCUCUAAAGGAAAGGGGAAAUACAAUCAUGUUUGAUUUUUUUUUUAUUUAUUUUUUUUCUGUAGGGUCUUUAUAAAAAUAAAUGUUUUUUUCCUGUAUUUGUUUUGCCCACAGUCGGUCAAAUCGAGCAUUUACCACUCCUUAGUGUAAACACUCACCACAUAUUUUCUCAGUUUUUCCGCCUCUGUGUGCAAUAAAGUCGUCAUUUCGAAUUAUGACAUUUACUGAAGCAGCCAAAGCUGCUGUUUUGUGUUGUAGUUUGUGCUGCUACUGUAUAUCUCUGUUGUGACUCAAAGAUGUGGCAAACUGAUAAUGUAUAUCUAUAUAUUUCAUAAGCAUGUGAUGCUAGUUUGAGUAUUUUCUGUGUUCUUUGGUUCCUUUUCAUUCAACUAAAUGUGAUCCUCAGCUCUGCAGAGAUCGGUACUGUUAUCAUUGUGACUUUAUAUUACAUGUUAUACAUUUGCACAAACAGAGAAUGUCUUCAUGUACUGUAAAUCUAUCUAAAUACCACAACAAAAAUGUUUUCAUUAAGAACCUCCGUCUUAUGUUUUUGUCUUUAGAUGAAUGUUUUUCUAUCAUUUUUGUACAUAUUUGUAAAGGAGUCGAACACUGUGCUGUAUAAAUUCUUUAAUAAACAAUAUGUGCCAAA